UUCGCUCUGCGGCUGCAGCUGGAGGACACAGGAGAGGCGAGGCGUUCAUAUAAACCGUGCGCCGGAUUUAGUUAAAAUAAAACAUCAAAUCCAGGCUGGGAAUUCAAUGCGGCAACCGUCACUUUCUGUGACAGAUACAAACGCUGACGUCAAAAAAACAGCACAGUAAGCAGGCCAGUCGAGUCGCACUUAUCAGCCUCUCCGACCGACAAGCUUCUUUUGGCUGAAAUCUCACCACAAAUCGACAUCGUUUGGCGGUUGAAGCAGAGGGAUCUGGUGGGUUUUGGGCGGCUGGCUGCCUGCCUUUCGCCGCGCCGAGUGCCGCAGCCGCAGCCUCGUUGGCCGAAUGCUAAAGGAUGAGUCAGAGGGACACCCUGGUUCAUCUGUUCGCUGGAGGCUGUGGGGGCACCGUUGGUGCUAUUUUGACGUGUCCACUGGAGGUGGUGAAGACAAGGCUGCAGUCCUCCUCGGUAACGCUGUACAUCUCUGAGGUGCAGUUGAGCACUGUCAAUGGCGCCAGUGUGGCCCGCAUGUCCCCUCCUGGACCCCUGCACUGUCUCAAGUUGAUAUUAGAGAGAGAAGGUCCUCGUUCACUCUUUCGAGGGCUGGGACCUAACCUGGUGGGAGUUGCUCCGUCAAGAGCGAUCUACUUUGCGGCCUACUCCACAGCCAAAGAGAAGCUAAAUGCCGUGCUCGAGCCUGACUCCACGCAGGUCCACAUGGUGUCUGCCGGCCUUGCAGGGUUCACUGCUAUCACGGCGACCAAUCCUAUCUGGCUCAUAAAGACCCGACUGCAGCUGGAUGCCAGAAACCGUGGUGAGAGGCGUAUGAGUGCGUUUGAGUGCGUACGGCGGGUCUAUCAGGCAGACGGACUGCGGGGCUUUUAUAGGGGCAUGUCUGCCUCCUACGCAGGCAUUUCAGAGACUGUCAUCCACUUUGUCAUCUAUGAGAGCAUCAAACGCAAGCUCCUGGAGUCCAAAGCCAAUGCCAACAUGGACGAUGAGGAUGAAUCGGUUAAGGACGCUUCUGACUUUGUUGGAAUGAUGUUGGCUGCUGCCACAUCUAAAACCUGUGCUACAUCCAUUGCGUAUCCUCACGAGGUGAUCCGUACCAGGCUACGAGAGGAGGGCAGCAAGUACCGCUCAUUCUUCCAGACCUUGAGCAUGGUGUUCAGGGAGGAGGGCUACAGGGCACUGUACCGCGGCCUGACCACCCACCUGGUCCGCCAGAUCCCCAACACCGCCAUCAUGAUGUGCACCUAUGAGCUGGUAGUCUACCUGCUCAGUGGUUAAACGUGGUUAUGGAAAAGGUGGUGGGGAGGAGAGAGAGAGAUAGAGGAGAGGUGGAGAUAGACGGAGAAUGGACAAGACAGAGAGAGAUUGUCCCAUUAUGAGACCAAAGGAAGCAGAGAGAACCAGAAAAAGCACUAUUUGCCCCAGGCCUCCAGAGGGUGCUGUUGGCAAGGAAUUAGUAGGGAGGUGCUGAGACUUGAUUGUUUUGAAACUAUAAACAAUCGAGAGAAAGGAGAGAGAGAGAGGAAAGGAAAGUGACCAGUCUGUCUAUUUCUCUUCUGAAUCUUUAAUGUGAAAAAGUCCUUUCAUUUAAGGACAGUCGAGGGGGGAAUGCUUGAAAACAAAAAAGGAUAUCAAAAGAUAUCGAUUACUGAAUUCAUUCACAAUGAUUUUUUUUCAUGCUGCUAGCAGUUCUCAUGUCUAGUUUUAGUUUUUCCCCAUUUCUCAAAGAAGACAGUGUUUGAUCUGAUAAGUGACUGACAUUUUAAAGAAUUUUCAAAUUUGCCAGUCACGCUGGCAAGAUCUGCUGUAUGCCUCAGUAUCUCAGAUAUCUGAGGUUGUGUUGCAAAAUCGAGCCAAAACAUCUCUCACUUGGCUCCUUUUGCUUUUUGUCAGUUGUUAUUUCAAACAUUCCCCUCUAGAGGGCAGGGUCCCACACUGUUGCCAGAUGGCUCUCCACGCACAUGAGUCCAUUUUUGCUGGAGUUUUUCAUUCAUGGUCAAAAUGAUCUGAUCUGUGUUCCUUCGCGUACUUCAAAAUGAAGUGUUUUUUGUUUGUUUUCCGUUUUGAUCUUUAAGCAUUCUUCUCAUUCGAGUGUUUGUAAUGAGCAGACCCCGUUUCCUAAUAUAUCAGUCUAAUAUAGCCCAUGUGAUGGUAGAUAGCAGGAGACACUGGGUCAUUGGCCUUUUACUGGGACUGAAUUUUGUUCAUUGGGCAAAAA